AUGGGGCGGCACCACCAGCCUCUCAAGCCGGCGGGCGAGACGCUCUGCCGGUACUACCUCGCAGGAUAUUGCCAGUAUGGGAGCAAGUGCAAGUUCAGCCACGACAAGAAGUACGAGACCAGCACGGUGUGCAAGUUCUUCCUGCAGGGCAACUGCGCAUACGGCAACAAAUGCAAGUUCGAUCACGUCAAGCCCGAGAAGCUUCGGCAGGCCAACGAGGCCGCAACCCCCAGCGCCGGCCCCUCCGCGGGCCCGGGAGCGUCCGCCUCGGAUCGCGUCCGCGCCGAGGUCGGACUCCUCGCACGAGACGCUCCCUCUGAAGCGCCGGGCGCGGCCGCUCGAGCGCCUCGCCCGCCGCAAGCGCCCAGGCAACCAGGCGCGGCGCAGCCGGCCGCGUCGAGCGGGCAAGACGCCGCGACGGCGAUGUCCCGACGCGUCGACGGCUGGGUCAUCCACGACGACGACGAGGGCGGCGGCUGGGGCGAAACGGACCCGCGCGCUGCCGGCGAACCCCCGUCCGCGCCAUCCGGGGCGUGGGCGCAGCGGCAGGCGGGGGCAGGAGGCGACGCGGAGCUCUGCAUGCGGUACUGCUUCGACGGCGCGUGCGAGGACGGCGACGCGUGUCCGAGGAUCCACGGCGCCAAGUGCCCGUGGUGUGGGCAGUGGCGGUCGCGUGGCGGGGACGUGGCGGUGCGGGACCCGGCGGCCGCGCCCGCGAUGGACCGCCAGCACCUCGCGGAGUGCGAGGCGCGGCAGCGGCGGCAGGAGGCGGUGGAGUCGUCGAAGGACGUGGAGUGCAACAUCUGCUUUGAGACCGUCGUGGAGAAGCCGCGGCCGUCGGAGCGCAUGUUCGGGCUCCUGGCCUGCGAGCACCCCUUCUGCCUCAAGUGCAUUCGAGCGUGGCGGGCCAAGACGGACGCCGGGAUCGACAUCAAGGACGCGAUCCGGACGUGUCCGCUCUGUCGCGUGGUGACGCACUUCGUGACCCCGAGCAAGACGUGGCCGAAGACGCCGCAGGACAAGGCCGAGGUCAUUCAAGGAUACAAGGACUACUUGGGAACCAAAGACUGCCGGAACUUCGCCUUCGGACAAGGAACCUGCCCGUUCGGGUCCAGCUGCUUCUACCGACACGCGUACAAGGACGGCACGGUGGAGGAGCACAGGCCCGACCUGAUGGUGAACGCGGACGGGGAGGUGGUCCCCAAGAAGGCCGUCACGUUGAAGGGGCUCCUCGAACGCCCCGCUCUCGGCGGACGCCCGUGA